AUGACCUCUACAGACAGUACAAAAACAGGUGUAAAGCGAAAGCGAUCUGUCAGUGCACUUCUAGCAGACAUUCCACCUCUGAAGAGUAUUAGAUUCAUAUCCAUGGAAUCUCCUCAUCGCUCUCCAACUGCCAAUCUGCCCAAUAUUGAUCCGCGGAAUCCAUACACCCUAUUCUCUCUCUAUAUCUCAGAGUCUGAUAUUCAGAAUAUUGCCUGUUCCACCAAUGCCUACGCGGAGAUACAGAUAUCAAGGAAUUCAGCCAUCAAUCCACGGGAAUGGCAGCCAACUACUUCUACAGAAAUCAAGGUAUUUCUUGGGCAGAUUAUCUAUAUGGGAGUACAUAGAUCUCCGGCAAUUGGAGAUUAUUGGAACAGGAAUGAUGUUCAGGGGCCAGUUCAUUCAUCAAGACUUCAUAUGGGACAAAAGCGAUUCGAGCAGAUCAAGAGAUAUAUUCAUAUAUCCAACCCUCGCAGGCCGGAAUCCUCCUCCUUUAUACAGAAGCUAGAGCCUUUAUACUCCAACUUCCAUGCAGCAUGCCGGAAAUACUACAACCCAGGUUCAAAUCUCUCCAUUGAUGAGAUGAUGAUUCGGUUCUUUGGACGGUCCAAAUACACAGUUAAGAUGCCUCAGAAACCAAUCAAGCAGGGAUAUAAGGUCUUUGGACUAGGAGAACAGGGCUAUCUUUGGACUUUCUCCAUGUCUAAUGAUAAUCUCCGCAUAAGUACGAUGUUCCGUACUCCAGGAUUAACCAAGACUGGAUCUCUUGUGGUGGAAUUGAUUGAACGGUUGCCAGUAUUUAUACAGAUCUCCGCGGCUCUGAGCUCUCUACAGCACUCUGAGCAGCAUCUAGAGUUGAAUAACAGCAAAGAGGUUGCUGGCUACUCAAUUUACAUGGACAACUACUUCACCUCUGUUGCUCUAUUCCAUUAUCUUCGAAAGCAAGGAAUUGGAGCUUGUGGAACCACCCGUCCUGCCAAUCUGCCUCCUCUUCUACAAGAACUAAAGAACUCCGGACUAUCCGCUCAUAUUCCCUUCAAUACUCUGUGUAUAAUACCUCAAAAUGAGGUUCUCUGUCUUGGAUGGAAAGACAAUAAUAUAGUAUUACUACUGUCUACAAUUCAUAUGCCAGACAGCUUUGUUGAACGUGUCAGGAAGCGCCCAGGAUUGAACUCAACUAAUGGCCCUCAGAUCCGGAGGAUAUUUGGAGACAAUUGGCAAAAAGCAGUGGAGAUUCCUACCAUCAUUGAUGAUUACAAUCAUAAUAUCUCUAUUAUUCCAAUCUCCUAA